AUGAAUUUUUUAUUUUACAUAGAACCAAAUUCUCCCGGUGAUAAUGACAAUGAAGAGUCCGAAACGGAUGAUUCUCUCAGCAGUAGAUCAGAUCUACGUAAUGAAAAUCAAAAAGAAGAUAUAUCUUUCGAUACCAUACACGAUGUUCUGACCAAAAUUGAAUCGCCGCUUGAACGCUCCGAUGAGAAUAAGCGUUUAGCAAAUGAUUUUCGUACGAAGCCUUUGGGUCAAUUAAAAAUGAUCGUUAAUGGAAAGAACCAACAGAUAGAAAAUUUAUUGAAUGAUCGUAAAUUAUCACGAAAAGAUCCACCGUUAAAACUGACCAAUGGGAAUGCAGGUUCAAAUGAAAAAUUAAAAUUACGCACGAAUAAUUAUGCUUAUCCUGAAUUAUUUACUUUCUGA